AUGCUCGACAGGAGCCCGGUGCUAGAGACGCUCUGCCUCGAAGGGAACCUGUUCACGCUCCGGCUGCGCCUUGUCAGCCAAAGCCUCCGGUGCGUGCCCAUCAUCGGGUCCUUCUUGGAGGAGAUCUUCGUGGUGAACGCCCCGCUCCUUGAGCGCCUCAUCAAUUUGGAAGGUUUGACCCCUGAGGCCGGCUGCACCAAGGUCAAGAUUGGCCAUGCCCCCAAGCUGCAAUUGUUGGCAUACCUGCAGUUGGACACGCGGAAUCACGUCCUGGAGGUCGGCAACACAAUCAUCAAGGCUGGUACAAGGGUGAGCCCAAGAACCAUGGUGACAAGUGUGACAGUCCUGGCUUUGGAGGUGCGUUUCGGAGUGCGCAAUGAUGCCAAGAUGAUUCCCAGUGUCCUCGGAUGCUUUCCUAAUGUCGAGACGCUGUACAUCAAGUCUGGACAGCCUGAUCAAUCCACUGGCAAGCUCAACCAAAAGUUCUGGCACGACUCUGGUGCCAUAGAAUGCAUCCGUUCGCGCAUCAAGCGGCUGAUUUUCCAUGAUUUCCAAGGGGGUCGAAGUGAGCUCGCCUUCCUCAAAUACUUCGUCGAGAGUGCGUUGAUGCUCAAGCAGGUGGUGAUCCUGUUGUCCGCUGGCUCCACUUUGGCGGCGGAGGAGGUGCAUUCCAAAAUGGCGAAUGUGAAACGGGCAGGUGAAAUCUCCUUAAUGCUGGUCACUGGCUAUUCUGAUCUUGAAGGACGUUACAAGAGAGGGUCUGAAUUUUCUCUUGGCGAGCUUUUUUCCCUUAUGAAAUUUCCUUGGGCAAAGUAA